UAACCACUCGUCCCCAGUCCGCUACCCGAGCCGGGCUAGAACCCAUGAGUCCUGGCUCCCAGCCCCCCCAGCGCUAACCACUAGACCCCACUCCCCUGCUCUGCUCAGUCAUUUCCACACCCUCUUUCCUACCAGCAUCUCCCCAUGCAGCGAUCUGGGAACCGCUGAGAGGAGCAAAUCGCGGAGCCUGUCAGUCCAGGCGCUGGCAGCCCCCCGGAGCUGCUGAGCGGGAGGAUGUGGGUGCAAGGAGCCAGGCAGAUGCCCCCUUCCACCAAGCUCUGCAUUGAAAUCCUCUUCGCACUGCUCUGCCAGGGUUGGCUCUGCCAGGAGCCCGUCUAUCGGAUCCACGUCCCGGCCCCUGUCACGGCCCAGCAGGGUCUCUGCGUCCUGCACCCCUGUAAUUUCACAGCCAAGUGCGAGUCCUCCGGGGUCGCCUACGAAUACUGGUUCCACAAGGACGACAACAGGGACACCAGCUCAGCCGUAGCCACCACAGAUCCUGGCAAGGCCCUGCGGGAGCCUGGGGGCCGGAUCCGCAUGGUGGGGGCACCCCGGAAGACUGCUCCCUGAGCAUCAGCGACGUGAGGGCCCGAGACAGGGCCCACUACUCCUUCUGCUUCAUGAAGGGAGACUUUCAAUACAGCUAGGAGGAGACCCAACCGCUGGUGGACGUGACAGGUGAGGCCCGGGGGUCCUGGAGAGCUCAGCAGUAUUAACUCUGCUUAUACCCAGUGGCAGGGAGUUCUGGAGAUUAACAACAUCCAGUGGCAGGGGUUAAGCCCACUAAUACCCAGUGGCAGUGAGUUCCAGGGAUUAACCCCAGUAAUUCCACACUGAGUUGAAUUUUAAUGCUGUGGUCUGCUUAGAGCUGACGGAGCAGCCGGUGCUGGGGGUCCCCAAGGUGCUGCUGUCCGGACAGCUGGUGAAUGUGACCUGGCAGGUUCCGGGGACCUGCUCUGGGACCCCUCCCCAAAUCACCUAGACAGUGGAGU